GCAGAAUAAGGCACGGAUGUCAGAUGGUAAGUACAUGGCCGGCUUGCGAUGACCCUCAUUGCCAUGUUCCAGAGGUGCGAUCCGUACCUCAAUCUUAUGCCAUUUUAUAUUCAUAUGCCACCAUGAUACUGAAGCAAUAUAAGAUGGUCACCCUCUGUCCUGAUUUCGCCAAUACAGUCUCAUACUUCGACACUGUGUGGUGGCAACUGGGCUCAUGGAACAACUGCCGAAUGAAGCAUGAGCUGAUUCUACGCUCAGACAUACCACAGUUUUGAGCGACAUGAUGCACACAAUAAUCGGGGAAUGGCGGGACACGAGUGCUACAGCAAUUGCACAUAAGUACCAUCGGCCGGUCUCUAGUGCUUGCAUGUCACACAUGCUGACAAGGAUAUGAAGGGAAACUAAUUGCCGCUCAACGUUGCGGUGUAGAAUUCCGCACCGCAGCUUAUGGCCAGGUACCUACAGAUCAGCGGCUCCUUUCUGAAUAGAAGCAUUAUGGAAACUGUUAGUCAUUUAGUACUUUUCUGGCUGGUUCCCGCGAGCUGUACAACGGGAGCCCAGACGGCAAAUAUGCUUUUGGCUGGCGCGCUUCCCGUGAGGUACGGCUUGUCCUCCAGCAGUCUUCUUCACUUAGUACUAUGGUGCAUCCUUGCCUUUUGCCUUACAGUGCAUACUGUUGCUCUUGGGGAAGUCAAUGCGGGAGUCAAGUUUGGCAGUUGGUGGCAUGUAUUUUUCCGUGUCUCCUCGCGACACUCGUCACCGACAGCUGAUAGUUGGUCUUAAAUGAUAUGUACAGUAGUUGCAUGGGCCUCCCGUACAACAAUUAGCCUACACAUUACCACCAGUUCCAAGUUUUGUGAAGCGAUAUUCUGAUUCUAGAUCCAUA